AUGGGCCGUCCGAAAGGAAGUAAGAACAAAAAAAGCAACCAUAAGGCUGGAGGCGACCGGAAGUCAAAGAAAUUCCAAACUGCAAAGGAGGAGAAAGCUAAGAGACGCCAUGAGUACUUCCUCUCACGGCGACAUCAAAAUGAUCCAUCCUCUGCGAAGUCACCACACCCUAUGGAGGAAGCGAUUUUCAAGAUUUCAAAAGAACUGAUGGCAGAGGUCCUUGACCACCCGUCAAUGCCAAAAGGAAAAUUUGUCCCAAACCAAGGCACUGUUGAUUUUACAAGUGGGAAUGCUUGGGAAGUGAAAUAUGACGAGGAUGAUGAUGACAGGUCUGCAAAUGGAAUUGGGGACUACGGAAUUGGUGCAUCAAGUGAUGAUGACAAAUCAUCAGCUUCAUCAACAAGGUAUCGCCAGUCGUACACGCCAAGCCAAGGGACGCCUUUGUACAACUACUUAAUGGAAGUACAAGGCAAAAUUAUUGACGACGAAAACUGUCAACAACAAAAGUUCAUCCAUCCAAGUAAAUCACCGCUGGCAUCCGGUCUGGGGAAAUCUCCCAAUCCAAGCAACUUCUACAAAGAUGUUGUGGUUCGAGUAUGGAUACCAGAUGCACAGUUCAAGGGCCUGCACUACAAAUACAAGUGCCCAAGUUGCCAAUCGGAUUCAAUCAACACAAAACAUCAGGGAAGUUGGCGCCCCGCAAUUGCAAAUGGGGAUAUCCAUUGGGUCUUUUUUUUCCGAUGUCGAUGCUCAAAUAAGGCUUGUAAGAAUAAGACUUUUUCUACAAUCAGCCAAGAUUUUUUAAAUGAUCUACCUUCAUGCAUUUUGGAUGAAUUUGAAUAUCUGUUUCCACCAAAAGGCGUAGGCAUUUUGACUGACAUGCUACGAUCACUAUCAAUUCAAACAAGUAACCAUAUUCUGUUUGGCGCUUGGACAAAUCAAGUGAACAAUAUCAUUUGGCAAAAAUACUAUAGGCGAUCAAACCAAUACUAUGAAUUACUGAAGGACUGGCUAAAUAAGUGGCCUUCAGUAUCAGAUCAUACUGGGCUCUGUCCAUUGCAUGCCACUUGUUAUGACGGUGCCCCAAUUGAGCCAUAUUCUGCAUUUGGUGCUUCUGGAUAUCACAAUGGCAUACUAAUGACAGUGGGCCAAGCUAGGACCCUGUUCGAAAUUUUAGAAGGAGGCAAACGGUUCUGUUACAAUCAGAACUCGUUUGCAGCAUGGCAUGACGACGGUUUGCGAGCUGACGACACAUUCAAAAUAUGCAAAAAAGUCCAUGUUACAACCAAAGGCAAACAAAGAGUGCAGGCCAUGUCAUCUGUACUAACAUUGCUUUCAAAGAGUGGGAAGAUUGUUGGCUCAACCUGGAAGAUGGGAAUGUCUCACGAAGUAAACAGAAGCAUACUUCAAGGUAUCAAAGCUGCGCGCAACUAUGUUUGUGCACCGGAAUUAAAAAUGUUGCAAACUGACAAUCCGACAGGUGAAGAAAGACCCUUCUAUGAAGUUUUCCCAUCACUGCAUGAUGGAACCGAUAGAUCUCGCUCCCUCCCUGCAAUUGCAGUACCUAAAAGAGAAAUCCGUGUCUUUGAAACAACUGCUGCGGCGGAUGGCUUCUUUUAUUCCAUCAUUGAAUUAUUCACUGAUAGUCAUGACAUCCACUAUGGUCUUGAUACAGAGUUUGAAAUCCCAAUGCCGCAGGAGUUGACAGUUUUGUCUUUAUCCUUUCCUAAGUAUCUUGGUGUAUCUGCCAACUUGCCAACUGCCAUCAUCCUACAUUUGUAUAAAAUGAGAGGAUUCCCUGAGUCGCUCAGGCGCAUCCUGCAAAAAAAGAAUAUGGUGCCAAUGGGGCGUCAGAUUGGAGGUGACUGCAGUAAACUUGAAGAGCAAUAUAGUAUCACUAUAGAGAGACGAGUUGAGCUUGGAAGUCUAUGUAAAAGCGACCGUCCAGAACUAACUAUGAAGGCUGGUGGACUGAAGUUGAAGAGCUUGAUGAAAGAAUAUUUACGGUCAACGUAUCCUAUGGACAAAUCGAAUGCUCAAACUACUAGUUACGCUAGAACAUUGACAGACGAAGAUAUUCAAUACUGUGCUCUAGAUGCUCUUGUGUCCCACAUGGUUGGCCAUCUAGCUAUGGAAUCUCUGGCAAGGAAACCACUAUGCGCCAAAGGUACACACACUUUAAUAGAUGUGGGAAGCCGGUGUACUGUUACCUUUCGCAAUCGUGAUAUUGCAAAAGGAACAAUAGAAUUUGUUGGAACAAGAGGGGAACAAAGACGAUGGAAUGGGAGAACAAUUGGGCGUUGUGACUGUCUAGUUUUGGUGGAAAAUGUAAUGGAUGAGAGCCAUUCACCAAACCGACGACAUGAAUCAUGGCCAGAUGAUGCACUUACUCUGAAGGAUUUGGCUAAUAUUAAUGGGCCUCUAAAGUUGGUGGUUGGAACAAAACAGAUCCGAGUGAUUGAUGGUGAAAAGGAGGAUCGCGAUUUGCUGCCAUAUACCUUCUUGCAUAAAUUUGUCCAACAUGAUAAACAGUACUUCCAAUCGCUUGUGGAUAUGGCAACAGUACAUGGUGUCAGCAAUGAUGACACCAAGGAGGAACAGGAGGAAAAAGAAGAAAGUUUAGAUGAUCGUGAAGGAGAUGAUGGUACCGAGCAUGCACGGUACCAAGGACUUACAAGAUCACAGCGUGACAUCUUUCAUCAGCUGCACAAGUUACCACUGAAAAAGAACUGUGAAGCAACUGCUUUUUUUUAUCAGAUGAUACUUGCAGCAACCUGGAUUAACAAUCAAGAAGAUUACUCCAACGUUGUGACUGCACUUCAAAGCAAUCACAAUGUUGAGGACGUUGCAGCUCACGAGUUCUUCAAUAGGGGAUAUUGGAGGCAGCGUGUGCGACGACUUACCCCAACCCCAGAAAACCAUGCUGGCAAUCUGGAGAAGGUAAAAAGAUUUGUGUCGUCUGACAAUCGCUUCAAGGAAUAUCGAACAGUUGAGCUUAUGAAAUGGUUUGAAAAAUUCAUUGAAAAUGCAAGGCAGGGGAUGUAUUACUUACCCGGGGAUAUGGACGUAUACCGAGUUGAACGAAUUGACAAAGACGGUCUGAAGGUAUAUGUUACCGACUGGGGUACUAACCUCAAUGAAACCCUGCAUCAAAAGUAUGCAGAUCUUGUUGGUCCCUACUCAGUAGGAAUGAAGAGCGCUGACCUUCUCCUUGUUCUUCGAUCCUUUCGAUUCAACGUAACAAUUGGAAUAGGAAGAUGUGGUGAGCCAGAUUUUGGAACAGAUCGACAUGACAUAAUUGACAAAACCCAACACUGGAUCUUACAUACGUUUGGAAUAUUACCUUGGCCAACACACAAGAACUUACUGGACUUUUUGCCGCCAAGUGACUCAACAGUGGUUGGGUUGCGACCGUUGAGAUUUGAUCCGAAUCAUGUGAGGUACUCAGAAACACCAGCAACCAAACUCUCAAACGAUCAUUAUUACCUCUCAAAAAAGCUUGGGCUUGCAAUUGCGCCUUUGCCAGUUUGUACAAAAGAUGAAUUCAUGUUGUACAACUCCGAGCUAAAAACAAUCUUUGAGCAGGGUCGCAAUCCAAACAUCAAUGAUUGGAAUGCAAUGGCCUGCAAAUUUUUACAAGAGGCAAUGAGUGAACAAAAACAAAUAUAUCCCAAGACGGUUGAUCAUCUCAAGAAGUACUUCACCUCAUGGAAGCACAACCAACGAAUUAAGCUGUUUGGUAAACAGCUCAAUUUAGCUUCCAACCCACUUAUGAAAACACUUCGAGAGCAAUCAACAACUAAGUCCCCAACCAUCCAAACUCAGAAUUUACCAAAGCAAGUGACACAUCUGUCACGGCCCUUAGAGGCAAUGCCGAACUAUGUGCCACCUGAUGGGGCACCGAAUCAAACAAAGCAUGUCAAGUUAGAAAUGAAACAAGAAUCAAGGAACACUGAAGACGAGCGCACUUAUGAAAUGCUGAUUAGUCUUACCAAAAAAGAACUAACUCGACAGAACAGAAGAUGCGCUUGGUAUCCAUAUUGCCAGUCUCGAGUGUGGCAUUGCUUGGGGUACAAGCAAUCAAGUUGUACUUUCAUUGGGAAGAUGCCACAGGAGGUAAAGGAAGAAUAUCGUAAAACGAUGGUAGAGAUGGAAGUAAAAAAGAAAAUCAAAUCAGAAAACACAAAAUUAAAGCGCAGAUACAAAGCAUUGAGACAAGCUGCAAAACCAAAUUCGGCUAAAGCAAAACGAAAAGACAUACCAGAAGUGAUGGAAAUUAUAGACAAUGGUGACAACAACGAGCAAGUGUGCCUUCCAAACAUGUAUUACAAGCUCAGAAACAUGUGCAAUAUAGUAGGCGAAUAUUCAAUGAAGGAUCUUGCAACAACAGGAAUGUGUGUGAGUGAUCAAGUGGUUGAUGGUUACAUUUCACUGAUAAUCAACGGAAUGCAUACCUAUAGGGGCAACAAUGAACUUGCAGGUGUUUCUUCAUCGAUCUUGUUGUAUAUGCGGCGACAAGGGUGGAAGGGUGUGAGGCAUCUCUUUGCAGAGGAAAAAAGAGUUCACUUUGUUCCCGCUUUCUUUGGCCAUUAUGCUUGUGGCCACUGGGCUGCAAUCAUCAUUGACAUGACUUGUGCUGACAAUGAAGAUGGGACACUUGUUUAUGUUGACAGCAUUCCAUCAAUGAGAACAACUAAUCAUACGGAAGUGAAGAAAUUGUUUACAAAUCCUGGUACACCAUAUGCAAAUACAAAACAAGUAUUGAUGAACUCGCCUGGUCAAGCCAUCUAUUCCAAUGAUUGCGGCAUGUUCAUGCUGGGAACGUUUGUGCGGUGGGCGUUUUGGACACCACAGGAUCACCUGGUGCCAAAAGAGAUUCAGUUGCAACAUGGAUUCACUCCUGCUCAAUAUGGAAUUGAAAUGAGAAAACAUGUUCAUAAAUCAUUGAGAGAUGGUCGAAUCAAUUUUGAAGACACUAUCCUUCAGUGCUUGUUACUGGUAGACAAUAACAAAUAA